CUUUUCUCCCUCUCAUGAGUCUCGUGUCUUUUGCAUCUCUACAGUAGCCCGCAAUCCGCUGUCCACUUGAUUCUUUUCCUAUUUUGGGAGAGAGAAUUAAGAAAGAAAUCAAAAUGCAUGAAGUAUAAUGCAAGCGCUGCUACUGGUGGGACCCAUCCCCACUGCACUUGAGGGUUCCGGUGCCAUUUCGUCCUCCUCAUCCUCCUUUAUCGCCGGUGUAGUAGGUCCAGCAUGGUGCUGGGCCCACCAUCGUAACCGUUUAUCUCAUCAUCUCCGUAAGUGGAGCUCAGUUGCGGCUGCAUCAUCAUCACGAGCGGCUGCGAACGACGAGCAAGACCACUACGCUGUGCUCGGACUCACACGAAACGCCACGUCAGCUGAUAUCAAACAAGCUUACCGCCUUCUCGCUCGCAAGUAUCAUCCCGAUGUCAGCAAGCAUUCGCAAGCUGGUCAGCUGUUCAUGAGUGUUCGUAAUGCAUAUGAAAUUCUGUCAAAUGAAGUUACAAGGACUCAAUAUGAUCGAGUGCUUAGAUUUCAAGAAGAUAAUGGAAGAUCAUAUAGGGGGGAGUCAUAUUACAGCCCUGAAUUUGAAGAUGGACUGAGAAUUUAUAAAUGGGCUGAACUGAGGCGGAAAAUGCAGCGUGAAAGACGUUGGGAACGUUAUGAUGUAAAUGAUGAGAAUUCAGAUUCUGAAAGUGAUAUGGAAGAGGUGGCUGAAGAAGGAAUCAUGGAUCAAGAAAGAGGUCCCUUUAGCGAAGUACUUAGAUCUGUCUUUAUGAUUCUUGUUUUACUGCAACUGUUUGGUUCUCGGUUAUCUCUUGCUUUCAGCAGUAUGAUGGCUUUGUUUGACCAGAAACUGGAUGCUGGGUAUAAGAUUGGUUAUUUCAUUGCAUGGGUUUUGGGUGGGAGAGGUGGGAUAUUGCUGAUGCUGUGUCUCCAGUUUGCAAGCUGGGCUUGUGGAAAAACUAGCAGCAGUAUAGUCGCGCUGACAGUAGUAGCCAUGUGGGUUGGUUCCAAUCUUGCAAGGUAUGCUCCACUCCCACAGGGUGCUCUGCUUACACUGUUGUAUAUGUCUAUCAAGCUGCAAGCUGACCUAAAGUGAAGCUGUAGUUGCUGCAGCUCCUGCUGGUAGUUCAUUAGCAGUUAAACUAAAUAUUCGGUUCAGAAAGGAUUCCAUCUGCAUAUUCUGUAUGACACAGUUGUCAAUCAUCAGAUUGAAUGGAUAGUGAUGAUCCAAUGAUGGAUUUGGUGCACAUGAGGAUGUGCAUUGAAUUAGCUUUUUAUUUGUUUUCAUCUUAAAUCUGUUGUACAUAUUAGUGUUUUGAUUAAUCAAAUAAAAGCAGUUAUCUGUUUGUACAAAAAGAUA